GUUAUUGGUAAAAUUGAGUGGCAUGAUUAUCCUCGUUGAGUUACCAUUUCUCAAUCUGAGUUGACCGUCAUGCCAUUUAUCAGGUGAGUGUCGAUUGAAUAAUAAGACUUAAUUCAUUUCAUUAUUAUCUUUAACACUGAAAAUAAAAUUAAAUCGUUGUUACCAACAAUCAUUAUUUUGUGAACGCCCUGAAACCAAAAUUGUCAACAACUCUCACACUUCUGUUUCACUGUGAACGCAUCAACACUGAGCUCUUUCUUAAUGGUCUCCUCUUUUGUUUUUGUUUUUAUCUGUUUAAGUUAACUAACGCAACUAUUAUUGUGCUUUUUUACCUUGAAUCAAACCUUGAUUAAAGUUAUAUCAAAAAAGUUCAUCAUUGUGGCAGCAUUUUAGUUAACUUUUUUAAGUUAACAUACAAACAUCUGUACAUACGCUGCUGGUUUUUUUUGGUUAACAUUGGUCAAAAUAUUACUUAUUUUGUUUUAAAAUAGGAAAACCAAUAUUUGUUUCCCAUAAUGGAUGUGUUAAAAACAAUUGGUCUUGCUAUCUACCAUUGGUUGGAGGCUAUUAUUUUGUUUUUCAUUCCUCGUCAUUUACGAUUCAAGGAUAUCUCGCAAGAAGUAGUUUUAAUCACCGGAGCUGGGAGCGGAAUUGGUAGACUUUUAGCUGUCAAACUUGCUAGUCAAGUAGAUUAUUUAGUUCUCUGGGAUAUUGUUGAGUCUCGUUUACAAGAAACUGGUAAAGAAGUGGAAAGGGCUGGUGGAAAGUGUAAAUUAUAUGUUGUUGAUAUUUCAGAUAGCAAACAAGUCUAUUCAACAGCAGAUCGAGUUAAACGAGAUGUUGGAGCUGUAUCUGUGAUAAUUAACAAUGCUGGUAUCGUUUCUGGUAAAUCAAUUCUUGAACUCAGUGAUGAAGCUAUACUCAAAACAUUUGAAGUUAAUGUUUUUUCCCAUUUCUGGAUCAACAAGGCUUUCCUACCAGAAAUGAUGUCUGCCAAUAAGGGUCAUAUUUUAUCUAUGGCUUCUGUUGCAUCUUUUGUUGGUUCUGAUAAAUUAACUGAUUACUCGUCUUCAAAAGCUGCUGCUUACAUGCUACAAGAAUCGCUGUUUCUUGAACUCAAAACUGCUGGCUAUGAUGGCAUUAAAAUAACCACCGUAUGCCCUUACUUCAUUGACACUGGAAUGUUCCAGGGUGCUUACGAUAAAGUGAUCCCUAUGUUGAAACCAGAUUACACUGCUGACAAAAUAAUUGAAGCUUUACGAACUGACCAGUAUCUUUUGAUCCUACCAAGGCUAUUUUAUUUCAUGAGUGCUAUAAAAACAAUGAUUCCUGCAAAGAGUGGCUUUUAUCUCUACAGUUUACUUGGUGGACUAGAAAUGAUGAAAGGCUUUGCUGGACGUAAUAAUAAUAUUGAGAACGCUAAAGUGAAGAGCAAUUAAACAACAAUCAAUGGCUGUUUAUUUUUUCUGAUUAACUAUAAAAUACAUUUUUCCUUAUCAUCGAAAAAUUUCUUUGAUCUUUGGUCGCAAUUUGAAAUCCUUUGUAUAUUCCUCUUGUAAUCUUUCCUCAUUCAACCACUUCAUAUCGUUAUUAAAAUUUAAUUAAUAAUAA